AUGCAUUCCUUUCAGCUCUCAGCAAUAGCAGCAGCUAUGCUGGCUGGCCUCCUUGUGCAGGCUGUUCCUAAACCCCCUGCGCAGAAUUCCUCGAGGCCCGACUCUAGCCUCCCGAGCUCAAGUUUUGGUAUUCCCGGCCAGGACUACGAAUUCGACUAUAUCAUCGUGGGCGGCGGCCAAGCUGGUCUCGCGGUGGCAAGUCGACUAGCUGAGAAUAGGUCCCUGAGCGUGGGCGUGAUCGAAGCCGGCAGCUUCUACGAGAUCACCAACGGCAAUCUUAGUGUGAUCCCGUCCAACGGUGCCUGGUUCAGCGGCAAAGAUCUCGAGCAUAACUGGCAGCCGGGUGCUGAUUGGGGCCUCGUGACCGAGCCUCAGGAGGCGCUACUCAACGUGCGUGCUCAUUAUCCACGAGGCCGUAUGCUGGGAGGAUGCAGUGCGCGCAACUACAUGACCUACCACCUUCCCACUCGUGGAUCCAUUGACCAGAUGGCCGAAGCGACCGACUCGGAAGCCUAUAAAUUCGACAAUUUUUUCCCAUACUUCACCAAAAGCCAGAAUUUUACACCCCCGGUUGGCGGUACUUGGGACCGGUUUGCGAACUCAACACCUGAAUAUGAUUCGGCGAAACUUGGUACUGACGGCCCCCUGUCAGUGCUAUACCCCAAGUACGCACAUCCUUUCGCUAGCUGGGCGGCCAAGGGACUCGAGGCAAUCGGGCUGAAGUCCCAGAGUGGAAUGGAAAGUGGCGAAUUGUCAGGAGCAUUCUCCUACACUCUCAUGACAAUUCGUCCCGACGACAACACCCGUGACUCAUCCGAGACAGCCUUCCUGCGGCCACACCUGAACGUGCACGGCCCCAAUCUGAUUACUUUUGUGUCCACGAUGGCCAAGCGCGUGUUGUUCGAUGAGAGCCGACGGGCCACUGGCGUGCUGGUCGACACGCAAGGUCUUCAGUACAAAAUUCGCGCGCGCAGGGAGGUGAUUGUUUCUGCCGGUGCCUUCCACAGCCCACAGCUUCUGAUGGUGUCUGGUAUCGGGCCCAAGGCUGCAUUGGAGGCGCAGGGAAUCGAGGUGAUCCAGGACAGCCCUGGUGUGGGCCAGAACAUGAAAGACCACGUCCUUUUCGGUAGCACUUACAGAGUCAACGUCCCCACUGGUUCUGCCUUUCGCAACCCUGAGAAGCGGGCCCUAUAUGAGGAGCAGUACGCACAUGGCCAGGGUCCCAUGACCAACACGGGUUUCGAUAUUCUUGGCUGGGAGCGUCUCCCCCGAAACAGCCUCACCAACUCCACUAUUUCGCUGCUGGACUCGACCUUCUCGGCCGACUGGCCUGAGGUCGAGUAUCUUCCCAACGGCGGCUACUUCGGCAACGCGACCAACUUCCAGACCAACCAGCCCAAUGACGAAUAUCAGUACGCAUCUAUCAUCGCCGGCCUAGUUGCCACACUGUCGACCGGGAACGUCACAAUUAAGUCCAACGAUAUGGCAGACGCGCCCAUCAUCAAUCCCAACUGGCUCAGCCACCCUGCCGACAAGGAGGUCGCCAUCGCGGCUUUCAAGCGCACGCGCGAUGUCUGGGCAUCGCCGGCUAUGCAACCUCUACUGGUCGGUGAGGAGUACUUCCCGGGUUCCUCCUUAUCAACCGACGAAGACAUCUGGCGCCACAUCCAGGCCAGCUUUUCCACCAUCUUUCACCCCGCCUGCACUUGUCGUAUGGGACCCGAGGGCGACAGUAUGGCCGUGCUUGAUGCUGAGGCCAGGGUGCGCGGUGUCGUGGGCCUCCGCGUUGUGGACGCCUCGAGCUUGCCCAUCCUGCCUCCUGGCCAUCCAAUGUCUGUUAUCUAUGCCCUCGCGGAGAAGAUCGUUGGCGACAUUUUGAAUGGCAAUUAA